GGGAGGAGCGAGGGGAGUGCGGGCCGCAGCCGCCCCCGCCCCCGCCCCGCGCCCGCGCCUCCCGCGCGCAACAGUUCCCCCAAAGUUGCGGCCGGGGAGGCGCGAAGCCGGCGGGGGACGCGGCCUUAGCCCGGCGCGCGCAGCCCCAGGCGGGCGGCGGCAUGGGCACUCGGCAGACCAAGGGCAGCCUGGCGGAGAGAGCCAGCCCGGGCGCGGCGCCCGGCCCCCGCCGCGAACGACCCGACUUCUGGGCGUCGCUGCUGCUGCGCGCCGGGGACAAGGCGGGGCGCGCGGGCAGUGGGCUACCCCCCUACCACCGGCGCGUCGGCAUGGUCCAGGAGCUGCUGCGGAUGGUGCGCCAGGGCCGGCGGGAGGAGGCGGGGACGCUGCUGCAGCACCUGCGCCAGGACCUGGGCAUGGAGUCAACCUCCCUGGAUGAUGUGCUGUAUCGCUACGCCAGCUUCCGGAACCUGGUGGACCCCAUCACACACGACCUCAUCAUCAGCCUGGCACGCUACAUCCACUGCCCCAAGCCGUUCCUCUCAACUCUAAUUGGCCUGCCCAGCUAUUGUUCCUGUUUAUCCAAUGAGAAGACCGAGAUUCACUGGGCUCUCUCUGCUUCUUCUGGAAACUGGCAAAAGUAUGUCCCAGAGCAUCCCAAAACGAUGUUGGGCGUGCCUCCGAUCCCAUCCUCUGACCUUCUUGUCCUUAAGUCCCCCGAGCUUCUCCGCAGGGACUACACAAAGAAAUCAGUUUUCCCGCAGGACUUGGAGGAGGAAGCGGCUCUGCUGAGGGACCUCACUGACACCCUGAAGGACCCCAGCAAGUUCCCCAAUGUCACAUGGAUUGACCUGGGCAACAAUGUGGACAUCUUCUCACUACCCCAGCCCUUCCUGCUCAGCCUAAGGAAGCGCUCUCCAAAACAGGGCCACCUACCAACCAUCCUAGAGCUGGGUGAGGGGCCAGGUACUGGGGAAGAAGCCAGGGAAGGUACUGGUCAGCAGGACCCUACAGGGAGUCCUGUGCCACCUGCCAGGGGCCAGGAGAGUAGAGAGUCUGUGAUUCAGACAUGACACGGAAAUAGGGGUCCUAACCAGGGAGUCCUCUUGGAUGGCCAAGACAGGCUAGGGGUCCCUCCAGACCAGAUUGUCUGGACAGCCCUACCCAGCUCUCACCAGGAUGAGAUCGGAAUACUUGUCCUCAGACCCAACUCCCAGUACUUGCUCAAGGGGCUCAGAUGUCUCCCGCUGUCCUCCUAGACCAGUGCAUCUGGACCAAAAAUUCUUUACUGGGCCCACUUACAAUUUACACAGGCACCUACUUCCCAAGGCCUUCUUGAAGGCAGUAUGUUUCAAAAUACCAAGUGUGGAAAAUCCAGUUUAAAAGCCACAGACCUUUUAUUGGCUGGCAAUCUUACUGUGUAGGGGCAGUACUGUGCCUAGCUCCCUUACCCACCAACCAGCACAACUUUUCCUACCAGCUGUUUCAGGCCCUUCUCCCAUAAUCUAGUCCCUGUAUUGGCUUCUCAAAAACACCCUUAAACAAUCCUAGUCCCUAACUCAAACCCAAGAGAACUGUUCUGAACUCAGUUGUGGGGAAACAGCCUUACAAGCCAGGAAAGCAAACUAGUUUACAGGAUCUGCACAAGAUGGCANCUUUGCAUGGUACUGCACAACCGCAGCCNGGACAGGAAUUGAGUGUGGGUGCCUUACAUGCUUUGGAAUCUUUGCCCAAGUCUUAGGUUGUACAAACAGCCUAGACUGACCAGAAGUUUACAGUGCUAAAGCUGGACCGUCU